AGAUUCCAGGUUGGUUCUGCAAAAACGUUCGUGUAGCUCUGGGUUCCGACUAUUGAAGCUUCCCAAAAACUGAAAUGGGACGCGGAAGCGGUUGCAUCCCUGCCGAAGGGACAACGAUCCCAGGAAUUGGCGUCGAAAUCAGCGGCAAGGCAAUCGUGGCUUUGCUGACCUUGUCGGCCUUGGUUGCAAUCGCCGGGGUCAUCAUGACAUCCGUUGGGUUCGCGCAGUCGGGGAACUCGCCGGUGGAACACUAUUCCGGAAAGCAAAAUUUCUAUACCAGACACAUGGUAGGAGAAAGCAAUGGUCUCACAGUCGCUGGGCCCAUUCUGAUCAUCGUUGGAGUUUUGUUCACCAUUCUGUUCGGAGCUUUGUGGAUGAUGAACUGGGAGACUAGCAAGCGCAUUUUCGAAGACCGUCACUACAAUUACCAACCGCAUGACAUGGAAGAGUUGAAGCGAAUGCGACCCGCACCAGAGGCCCAUGAAACCUAUGAAAAAGAGCCACGAAACGGCAGCGGGUCGCGGCAGACUGACGAGUUCUCAGAUGACAGCACCCCUGACCAGGAGGACCCAAAAAAGGACAACCCAAGAAAAAGCACAGGGGUUUAAGCCUACCGUAUUUCAAAAUUGCAUGGUCGGCCAAUCACGCCUAAAUAGUUUUACACCUCCAUAUCCUUUUGUAUAUCUGUCCUCAAGCGUCCCACGUCAGGCAGAGAAGCUUGUUGAUUGAGCACAUGCCACGAACAUGUCACGUUUAUGUAGAUUUUCGGAAGUGUGGAAACUUCGACUUUUCUUUUCAUCGCGCAAAUGAGCGAACCAGGAGGUGCUUGAAUAUUUGUGUGACUUUGCAUGUGGCUUACUCACUUCAAUUAUAAGGCGCGUUUUAGCAGUAACGUGGCUGAAAGCGCUUUUUUCAGGCACCAUUUCCGAAAUUAAUUUAUGAUUUUGUUUUAUAAUCGCUUGUAGACAAAGUCGAAAAGUUGAAAAAGAACACCUUUAUAAAAAAAUA